AUGGGUUUCCUGGUGCUUCCGAAGGUAACAGCCAAUCUGCCUACCGUCAGCAUUGAUAUCGCUGGCUGGGCGAUUCCGGAAGGCAUCGAAUUGGCAGAUCCCUCGUUUUGUAUUCCAUCAGGAGUGGAUCUCGUUCUAGGCAUCGAAGCAUUUUUCGACUUUUUUGGUUCCGGUAGGAAGAUAUUACUAGGCGAACGGCUUCCUGCAUUACACGAUUCGGUGUUCGGUUGGAUUGUCAGUGGAGGAUUCGCGGAAGGCAAUCCAAGUUUGCAUAUUAACUGCAAUAUGGCAACUACAGAGCGUUUGGAGGAGCUACUAACAAGGUUCUGGUCCAUGGAGGAGGGAGAGUCCAUUCACAAUUAUUCCCCUGAAGAAAAUCGUUGUGAAGCUAUAUUUUCGAGCACGGUACGGCGCGGAGCGGAUGGCCGCUAUUCUGUAUCACUCCCCAAGAACGAAGACGUCAUCUCUCAGUUGGGUGAAUCUAAGGAGAUCGCAUUCCGGCGUUUUCUAGGCAUUGAGCGGAGGCUAAACAGGGAUCUCGAUCUUAGAAAACAGUACGUUAACUUCAUGGAGGAGUACUUAAAGUUGGGUCAUAUGCGGAAGAUUGAAGAGGAUCCUGAAACUACCAAACGAUGUUUUCUUCCCCAUCAUCCGGUGGUUAAAGAAGCCAGCACCACUACCAAGGUUCGGAUAGUGUUCGAUGCAUCCUGUAAAACUACCGUGGGACUGUCUCUGAACGAUGCAUUACUGGUAGGACCAGUUAUUCAACAGGAUCUUCGAUCUAUUAUUCUUCGAUGCUGUACGAAGCAGAUAUUGCUAGUGGCUGAUGUGGAGAAAAUGUUCCGCCAAAUAUCUGUACAUCCAGCGGACAGGGCUCUGCAAUCGAUUCUAUGGCGUUCGUCUCCUUUAGAGGAAGUGGGUGUGUACGAGUUGAACACCGUUACCUACGGAACAAAACCGGCUCCGUUCUUGGCGACUCGAACAUUAAAUCAACUAGCCAUGGAUGAAGGUGAACGAUACCCUCUAGCAGCAAAGGCGAUCACCGAGGACACCAUUGGACGAUGUCAUUACCGGGUGCGAUAA